UUUUUUUUCUGCUGGCAUUGGCACAGGCAAAUGGUUGGGGACUGAGCAUGAAAGGAGAAAGCAAGCAAGCAAGAGAGUUUAAGAGGAAAAGGAAAGGAAAAAAACAGGGGGGAAACAACAACAACCAAAUCCCCUAUACCCCAGCAGUUGGGUUUUGCCAGCAGCCGAUCACAGCUGAUUCCAGAGCGGAGUCUGUCCCUUUUCCCCUAGACCUGCGAUCACCCCUGUUCUCAGGCGGAGGGAACCACAUCUAAGUUGCAUCUUUGCAUCUUUGCCAACGCUGAACGAGCUUCUUUUCCCUCCUCUCAGCUCCCCCUCCUGAUCAGUUGCUGUUGUUCCCUCCCUUGUUUUUAUUUUUUUUUCUCAUUCUGUAUUAUUAUUAAUAUUACUAUCAUUAUUAUCAUUAUCAUCAUCAUCAUCACUAUCCUCACCUUUCUUAUUUAUUCUUUUGUUCUUUGGUAUUUUUGAUCCUAUUUUCUCUCUGUUGUGCUGGCGGGGGUGAGGUUGAAUUAUUUCUGUUCUUUGCUGAUGUUUCCAUUCCUAACUUGCUUUUUUUAGUUUUUAAUGCUUUUUUGCUCUCCUACUCUUCUUAAUGAAUAAGACUUGAACAAUCUGGUUAAGGGUUUGCAGUGAAUAAUGGAGCCAACAAUUGCUUUCCAUCUAAUUUAGGAUACACCCUUCUCUCUUGUGUGCACUGUGCACUUCCUUCUUACAUUUUUUACUUUUCUCCUAUUUCUCGCCUCCUCCCGCUUCCACCUCAAAGCCCCAGUACCCCCCCCCCUCCAUACUCUGCAAUUCUGAGCCCAGAAUUUCUGAAUCGGUGGCUUAGCUUCGCCGGGAUGAGCCAGAGCAAUGGAUGAAUUCCACCCUUUCAUUGAAGCUCUCCUUCCUCAUGUCCGUGCCUUUUCCUACACAUGGUUCAACCUGCAAGCUCGGAAACGAAAGUACUUUAAGAAGCAUGAGAAGCGGAUGUCAAAGGAUGAGGAGCGCGCUGUGAAGGAUGAAUUACUGGGUGAAAAGCCUGAGAUCAAGCAAAAAUGGGCGUCCAGGCUGCUGGCCAAGCUACGCAAGGACAUCCGCCCAGAAUUUCGCGAGGACUUCGUCUUGACCAUUACGGGCAAGAAGGCACCGUGUUGCGUCCUCUCCAACCCAGAUCAGAAGGGCAAAAUCCGCAGGAUUGACUGCCUGAGGCAAGCUGACAAGGUUUGGAGGCUGGACCUAGUUAUGGUCAUCUUGUUCAAAGGGAUCCCUCUUGAAAGUACUGACGGGGAGCGGCUGUACAAGUCACCGCAGUGCUCAAACCCGGGCCUUUGUGUCCAGCCACAUCACAUUGGAGUCACAAUUAAAGAACUGGAUCUUUACUUGGCGUAUUUUGUUCACACUCCUGAAUCCGGACAAUCAGACAAUUCAAACCAGCAAGGAGAUGCGGACAUCAAACCACUGCCCAAUGGGCAUUUGACUUUCCAGGACUGUUUUGUGACAUCAGGCGUCUGGAACGUUACAGAGCUGGUGAGAGUGUCACAGACUCCUGUUGCCACAGCGUCUGGUCCAAAUUUCUCUCUGGCUGACCUGGAGAGUCCCAGUUACUACAACAUCAAUCAAGUGGCUCUUGGCAGAAGGUCAAUAACAUCUCCACCUUCUAGCAGCUCCACCAAGAGGCCCAAGUCAAUAGAUGACAGUGAGAUGGAGAGCCCUGUAGACGAUGUGUUCUACCCUGGGACAGGGAGGUCCCCAGCAGCUGGCAGCAGCCAGUCCAGUGGGUGGCCCAAUGAUGUGGAUGCAGGACCGGCUUCUUUAAAGAAGUCAGGGAAGCUGGAUUUCUGCAGUGCCCUGUCCUCCCACACCACCUCCCCGAGAAUGGCUUUCACCCACCACCCGCUGCCUGUCCUAGCAGGAGUCAGACCAGGAAGCCCCCGUGCCACAGCGUCGGCCCUGCACUUCCCGUCAACCUCCAUCAUCCAACAGUCCAGCCCCUACUUCACACACCCGACCAUCCGCUACCACCACCACCACGGCCAGGACUCGCUGAAGGAAUUUGUGCAGUUUGUAUGCUCGGAUGGCUCAGGCCAGGGCUCCGGGCAGCCUAACGGUAGCGGCCAGGGCAAAGUCACGGGGUCAUUUUUGCUGCCGCCGCCACCACCUGUGGCCAGACCAGUGCCCCUUCCAAUGCCUGAUACAAAAUCCACCAGCACUAACCCAGAGGGCGGAGCACCGACACCAACGUCACCCUCAUUCUCAGCGCCAGGCUCCUCCUCCUCUGCCAACCGGUUUGUCGGCAUCGGACCCCGGGACGGCAACUUUCUAAACAUCCCCCAGCAAUCUCAGUCUUGGUUCCUCUGACGGGAUCUUCAAGUGAAGAAAAAUAAUAAUAAUAAAGAUGGUGGUGAUAGUGAUGAUAAUAAUAAUAAUUUUUCACUCAAGCCCUGCGAAUCAGAAUCUUCAGUCCUUAACCCAUAUCUUCACUGAGCUGCUCCUCUUCAAGGAAAUGUAAGAGACGUUGGGUAACACUACAGAUGAGAAGCUUAAAAAAAUCACAUUGGACCUCCCCGAUCCAAAGCAGGUUUUGCAUUUGCAUAGAAGAGUCUUGUCUUCUGCAAGGAAUCCCAUCAACACCGACAGAUGUCACGUAACCCUCUGUUAUAAUAGCUCUCGACCAUUCAAGCAAUGGUUUUUAAAACAACAAAAGGGAUUUCUCUUUAUUUCAUCAUGGGGAAGGAAAGGUAUUCAGACCAACCAGCCUCAAACUCAAAAACUGCACCAGGGUUUUCUAGGGAUUAUGUUUGUUGGGAAUGAAAAAGGAAGAUGUGCUCUAGAAUCUCACCUGCCUAGCCUGAUUCCAAGGAGGUUUCUUAGCAUGCAAAGAGUAAAUAGAAGCAUUUGCCUAGUUGGGGCUAGAGGACAAUUGUGCUUCUAGUUGCUUUUUAAAACUUCUGCAAAAUAGGAUUAAGGUUACAGUGGUUACAGUGAGCAGAUCAAAUUUGUCCUAAAUUCCAACCAUGCAUUCAAAUGAUUUCAGAAAACCAAUCCAGCAUAUUGCACUGGUCCAGAAGUGGAAAAGGUUUUGAUUAGAACACUACAAGAACUGUAAUAUUUGGUUGGCCUUCAUAGCACGAACUUCUCCCACCAAACAUAAGUUCCCUUUUGCAGUAAAUUCCUCAUUAACUGGAUUAGCGUUGUGUCGCCAUUAGUUUAAAAAGCAAAAGCAGAAACGUUCCUGACUACCAGAUGCCCAGACAGCAUUCCAUUCCAGAACAAGGGAAGGGCCUUUCCUGUUGCAUUCUCUCCCAGUUGCCCCCCUCCCCCAAUCUCUCAUUCUGUCUCCCCACUCCCUAUUCCUUACCCUUGCUCUCUCUGUCUCGUGAGGCAACUGGUGUCUCAUCCUCCCCAUCUUGGUUCCUAGAACCAAGAUUCCUUGCUCUGGGUGAGCCUUUCCUGUGUAUUUCAGACACAAAAAGUAUGUUUGCACAUUAUGUGGAAAUCACUUCCAGCCUUGUUCCUUCACCCAUUAAACUAAAGAGGCAGACAUUUAUGAAGUCAAUCCUCACUGGACUGGAAAGCAUGAUUGAUUAUUUCUCGUAGGAAAGAGUGCUCUAGCCAUAAUUUCAAAUGGAUGUGAGUUUCUGAGACCCACUGGAGAUUGAUAUAAGAACUAAUUUUUUUUUAAUUAAAAAGAUCAAUGAAUAUGUUGGCCUGAAAGCAAAGAGGGCCACACUGAUGCACUGAUGCCCCAGGCAGACCACUGGGGCCAGGGUAGCUGGCACAGUCAGGCACGUUUCUGCAGAGUUCCCUAUUUGGGCUGGGCUGGGCAGGCUGCAUUUCUUUCCCCUGGGUACCAGCCUUUUCCUUUUGAGGUUCUGGGUGUCUGUUGUUAUUAUGGUUUGAUUCUCUUCCUGAUCCCUUUUCUCCACUUUGUUCUUUUCCUCCUUUAAUUGUAGCAUUUCCUUUGGCUUCCUCUGCAUACAGGUAAUGACAGCAAAGAAAUUAAGUACAAGGGAGUUUUAGUGGUUGUUCUUGUUUAAGACAAGCAAAAAGUGAAGCUCCCAAAGCUUACUGCACAUGAACACUCUCAACAAACUUCAGCGCAACAAAAUGAAUGGUAUAGAGUUAAAGAUAGUGGAGGCUUUCUGGAAGUGAGGGUUUGAUAUUAUUGUCUGUACACUGCAUGCCUACAUGCAUGUGCACAGACAUGCACGCACAUGCACCAGAGUCAAUCAUACAGCUCCACGCACUUUCCUCUUUUCCCUUUCUCAGACUUACAAGAACAACAAAAGUGAGGAGAACAAGUGUCCCUCUCUAUCUUGCGUCCAUGAUAAGAUCAUCUUUAUUUCUUUUUCCAAAGGUCUGUGAAAGAGACCCCUCUCUUUCUCCUUGCCCCACACUGAGCUUUGGGGACAGGAGCUUUGCCAAAUUCCUUGGGAUUCACCUCCCACCCUCCAUCCCAUUUUUCCUGUUUAAAGGUGUCUGCCUUUGCACAAGGGAAGUUGCUAGUUGUUAUGGCGCAACUCCACAUGAUAUAUUUAGUACAGUAUAGGUAAGAUUCUGUACCAGGAUGGAGGGGGUGGGCGUUAGGGGUUGGGGUUAGGGAUUGUCUGAUUUGGAAUGGGCCAGGUGGAUGCUGCAGGGAAUGGGUUACCGUGCAAUCUGUCCAGAGCAAUUGCAUUUGGGUUCCUGGCUUGUGAUGCCUGGAGUUGCCUCCCAAAUGACUGUGUGGGAAAAUCAGUUGAUCUAGAGAACCUCCAGAAAACCUUCUGCUAUCUAUUACUAUGACCCCCAGCUUACACAUCUGCAAGCACUUCUGGAGCAGACAGUCCAGAAGCUGCAGAUGAAGACCAGGUAUCUGCACCCCUGUCUUAGUGCAAUGAUUUUCCAGUUCUACAUGGAGAAACAGGGUCAAGGAAGGGAGGUCCAAGGCCUGCAGAUCUCCCUCCCUACUUUGCCCAUUGUAGGUCCCAUGCUUAUCCUUCUGUUCCUGCCUUCCAGAUGUCAGAGGAACACCUUGGAUCUCUCACACACACAUGUAUGCACACAUAUACACAUAAAACCUGCGGCUUUAGACUGGAUGCACUUAUCAGAGGCUUACUCAUGGAGGAGUCACAAAACCUAACCCUACCCAGCUGCAGGACAGCUGUUGUGUGAAGGAGAGGGUUUGCUUGGGAGAUAUGAUCAGGGUGUGAGAAGCCUAUAUAAAAUGCCAGUGUAGAUGUUUUGUUCAGCCGCCUUAAUUGGCUGCUAUAAAGCGAAGCCACCUGCCUAGUGCUUCCAUUGUUGGCAUGUGCCAACUCUACUGCUGCCUAUUAAGAGUGGAAAUCUGAUUUAAUGGUUUCCAUGACUGGUGCUCUGCUGCUUUCAUCCCACCAAAAGCCCUGUCUCAGUAUCUCAGCCACUCAGAAGCAUAAGACAACCUACCAGAGACAAAGCAGCUUUGGCAGUAGAAAGACGAUCCUUCUUCAACAUAAUAAUUUUAGUGAGAUAGUCAUUUCACUUUCCAUGCUCUACACAUACUUUUCAUCAUGUCACCUCCGACUGACCAGAUUUCUUUAGGCUUUUUUUUUCCAAAUCAAACAUACAUCUGCUGACUAAUGUCAAAAGCAGAAUAGGUUUCCAUACCAUGAUGAGAAAUACUGCUGCCCAUUUCUAAAGACUGAGGUUCAAGUUCAAAUCUGAGACAUAAACAGAAAGUUAAAACAACAGCUAAAAUUACAAGGCUGUCUCUUUCCCUAUUGUGAAUAGUUGGAAGGUGCCUUAUUUUCAAACCUGAGAUGCGCAUCUGUUUCUUCAAGAGCACCAAACUAUGAAGAAGUUCUGCCUGGGUAUUCAAACUUCCUACCUUGGUGAUCUUAAAAAAACAGAUCUCUUCCAUAACCUCUCAGCUUGUUUUUCAGCUUCUCAUUUUCUUCAAAGGAGUAAGUGCCCAUAAUUGGCUUGGCAACAUGGGGCAGAGUCUACAUUAGUUUCAACCUUGAGGUAUGCUCAAGCUGAGCAUAAUUCCAGUAUUACCCAGAUCCAAAAGAUACACACAGCAGAAUUUAUUUGAAAGGCUGUAUGAUUUUCAUUUUAUUUUCUUUCUUCAUACAAACUUUUGGAUUAUUCCCAUAUUGAGAAAGAUGCUCUUCCUCCCUGCCAUCAACUGCCCACAUUAAAAAAAAAAUACAUUCAAGUUUCUGUUACUGUCAGGAGUAAACUAUUCCUGAGUGCAAAGUUAUGUGUAUUUUUUACAGUCGUAAUCAGGAGAAAUUUUACCACAGUUGAAGGUCAAAAUUUAUUCAGUUAUUAUAUUAUUUUUAAAAUAAAUAAUUCAGUUACAUCACCCUGCUUAAUUGCUUUAAGCAUCUCACUUCAUAUGUCCAACUUUACGCAAAAUAGUGUUUCUGCUUCAGAAGCAAAGACAACAGCAGUCUGUGUUGUGUGUGUGUGUGAUCCAAACAGGUGAUGGACUAGGCAUUUUUAGGACUGCAAGCACAGAUGACAAAAGAUAGGCAGCACUUAAAAAUUACAGGAGUAGAAGUUUGCCCUUCCUUAAAAGAAGGUCCAAAUCCCAAUAGUGCCUAAGCACACAUUUAAUUCCUGGCAUCUGCUAAAAGUAUGACAGUUGGGUAGCAGCAGCAUGCGGUGAAUGGGACACAGGUGCCAUCCACUGACAUGUCCCCUGGAUUGGGUCUGAGAGAAGGUAAACCUGGAGGACUUUAAAUUUGGGGGGCUGGAAGGUAUGGGCAGCAGAAAGGAAGAUACACAGAAAUGUGUGUUUAAAAGGGGGAGGGGAUUUUUAAAAAACAAAAUAUAUAUUAGGGGGUUUAAAAGAACCAAUUUUGUUUGCAUUGAGCCAAGUGCAAUGGAGUGCAUAGUUUUAAUAUCUUUGUAUGUUAAAGAUUGUUAAGAAGAAGAGAAAAAAUCUAUUUUUGUUGCAAAGUCCUCUGUUCCCAGGGACUCUAAAUAAGUAGGGGAAAAAGAAAACCCAACCUUUGUAAGUAUGGGGAAAAACUUUUUUCUGUUUAUUUUUUCAUUUGUUUAUUUUUCUUUUUGCUCGUUUGUUUUUUAAAUCCUUUUUUAAAAGAUUGAUAAUGAUCGGGGUUUGGUUUUUGUUUUUGUUUUCCCCUUUUCCUCAUUAGUUAUGUCGUUUUAUGGGAGGGCUGAAGGCAAAAGUUUUUCACAUGCAAAAAUAAAAUUGUAAAAAAAACACUGUAUCAGGUUAAAAACAUUGAAGAAAACUGCAACACUAAAAGUAAAGAAAAGGACAAGAAAAAAAAGUUUAAAAAUCAUAAAAGAAAAAAAGUUUAAAAAUACAAAACCUGGUGCUUCUUACACUAUAAAGUACAUUAAAUUCUCUAUUAUACAUAGUUUAUGAACCAAUUAAUUGUUAUCAUAAAGCACAUUUUAGGAAACACACAUUAUCCCUUCUUUAUGUUUAGCUGAAAGGGGCAGCGGGCUUUGCAGUCUAAAUGCACCAGCAGCAUCCGGCAGCUUUUCAUGGAUCUUCCCAAGUUGCCGAGCGAGAUGGGCGGAUGGUGAGGCUGCCACAACCAAGUGGGAAAAGGCCAAGCAGAGACCACCCUCAACAAGGCCGUGUGUUUCUCUGGCUUCUUUCGCCCCGUCCUCGCCCUCCAUCACUGCCACCACACACCCUCUUCUGUUUUGCCUUUCUGCCCUGUCUUCUCCCAAAGAAAGUUAAGCAAAACAGUUUGGGUUUGGCCUUCAUUUCUUUUCCCCUUGCUUAUAUGCCAGACUAAUUUCUCUCUCCCCCUCCCUCCUUUCCUGUCUCUCUCUUUCUGUGUCUCUCAAGGACUUCUCUUUGGACCGAGGAGCCAACUUGUGAUCUCACCAGCACCCCCUCCAUUGAGUGCCUCCCAUUCCCCUCUCCCUGAGCGAGCGGUUGGCAACCCCUGCGAGUCCCUUUCUCACAACCUUCCCAAUGUGGUGAAAAGAGGCCUUCCUCCCGCCUCCCUUUCAUCCUUGUGGGACUGCCCCAUGGGAGAGGGGGUGCAAAACAGAAGUGCAGACCCCACCCAACCUCACAGAGCAUGGAAGGUUGGCUGGAGAUAUUUCUCACUUCAGGGAAGGACCAAGAUGGAUGAUUUUGCCUUACUCUCACCAUGUUUAACUGGCCAGCUGACAUAGUGCCUUUGUAAACCCAUCUUUCACUGGAACAGAUGGACAAUGUGCUCUGCCAGGGGAGGGAGAGUGGGAGGGUACAGGAAGCCUUACCCUCUCCUCCUUGUAAUUCAUGUGCUCUAUACAGGGGAAAGCAAUAAAAAGUCUAGGCUUGACCAGCAAGAAGGGGAUGUUGAUACUGUGGGUGAAGGCAGUGGUGCCUAGUCCCCAAUGGCUUGGAUUCUGCUCCCCCUGCACACACACACUCAAAAGAGGGCUGGCAGCAUGAUAGGGAAGGUGAAGGAGGUUUGCCAUCAAAGCAGCAAUACCUAAGGCUGCAGGAACUCCCUCCCCCUUCAAAAGCCCUUCUACACUUGGACUUCUCAAUCUUGCAUGGAGCCCAGCAUAAAGAGCCAAGGCUCCUCAGCUCUAUUAUCUCCCCAGUGGUGCUUAGCUGGGUUCUGAGGCAUGAAACAGGUAAACAGCCUGUGACUCCCUUCGGGGUCCCAGGAAGAUGUUAGAUUUACCUGAGCAAUGACUUCUUUUUGAGGUGGAUUGUUCUGCAGGAGCUUUAUCUCAAAAAAACCUGUUGAGACCUGUCUUGUCCUCCCUCCAUCUCCAUAUAUGCAGGGGAGGGGGGCUCGUCCCUUGGCUGGAGCUUCCCCUCUUUGGCCACUAGCUGCCACCCAUUGUCUGGAAACAAUCCCCAAGCCCUCCUUGAUAUGGAGCAUCAGUUGCACACUCGCUUGCUCCUUCUCUUUCUGUCUCCCUUUAGAACAGCAGCUGGGUAUCCCUGGCUUUUCUUCACUAGAUCCCUGCAAUGGCACUCUUUCUUUCCUUUUCUUCUCCUCCCUGCACAUCUACGCAUACUUCCCCAUCAACUCCAAACCCACGUCUCUCGCUCGGCAGCAAACCCCUUGAGAUCCAUGAAACUGCAGCUUCCCUGACUGCGUCCCACCCCUGCCCCUUUGAACAAGUUUCUUCCUUGGUUAAGAAACGCAGUAUAUAUAUGAGUACAGUACAGUAUAUAUAUAUAUAUAUAGUACUAAUGGAAUUUGGUGUGCUUUUCUCCUCAUCCCCUGUACUCCUCGCCUCUCUCUCCUGCCCCAUUGCUCCCUUUGUGUCUUUGAGUCUGUUCUUCCAGUCCUCCCCCAACCCUUUCCUAUACCGCCCCUCCCCGCACUUGAAAAUAAAGGGUAGUUCUUUGUCUGUUUUUGUUCUUUCUGAGGUUUCUUCCGUGUCUAGCAGAAUGCAGGUAGCCAUAUGUUAUAACUGUCAAUAUUGCUUCACAUCAAAAAAAAAAAGUUUAAAAAAAUAGGGGGAAAAAGAAAAAAAAAGAAAAAUCCAAACUGUUUUAUCAUUUUUGCCUGAACUUUCUUCGGCUUUCUCCAUUGGAAUGGCUUAUUGUGUUAUGUGAAUUUAAAAUUUUAAAAAAGAUGAAAAAAAUGUUAAAAGGUUUGAAAAUAACAAAAAAAUUACAUAUAUUUCAAAAAAUGCAAAAAAAAUCAUUGGCUUCCCUCUUCCCCUGUCCCCACCAAUUCCUUCCUCAGAGCAGAGAUGGGAAGCCCAGUGGAGGGGAGUGCCGAGGGCUCCGAGGUGAUGUGUGUGUGUCUGUGUUGGUGGGUGAACGGGGGGUCUGUGUCCCUUCUUCCCCAUUCCCUUGCCUUCUGAAGGAGCUGCUCAGAAACAUCCGGUACAGACCCAUUCCACCCACACAUCCCGCCAUCCUUUUGCUCAAAUUGUAAAGUGCCUAAAGAGGUCAGUGUUUUUCAGCAGCAAAGAUGAUACUUGAGUUCCUCCUCCCUGUUCAUUUGGGACUGGCCACCUUCACAGGAUGCCUGCUGGCAAAACACCUGCUGACAUGUAGCAGGGCUGCUGCAUCUGGUGGCCUGGAAGCUGGAGCAAGCAUGGCUCUCCUCCUCCCAGCUCCCUUUCUCAUCAACCUCACUUCUAGCUGAGGACAGAAGCCCCUAUGGGGCACAGCAAGACAAUAGGGCAGGUCCCAGCACCUUUCAACCACCCAGCCCCUUUGCUCUCAUAAUUGAGGAGGCCACCUCUCCUGAUUUUAUACACAAUAAGCACAGAUGUAAACUGAAAUGAUGAGAAUCAUAUAGUUCGAGUCAGAAAAGGCUAAGUGUUGCCUUUUUGAGUCUAGCCUAAAGCUAUUCAAUUACAGAAGUCUCAUAUUCUGACAUUGCUUUGGGCCCUGUGGUUUUCCAAAGGUGUGCACAGGGUUGUUUUGUUUUUGUUUUACAUAGAUAGCUGUGAUCAGGAGAAAACAAACAAACAAGUGAAACCAUUUCAGUGGCCUAAAGGGUCUGCAGCAUGGUUGUCCAUAAAUACUGAAGCUUUCAGUGAUCAGUCUAGCUUUGCUUUCAUGUGAUCAGUAAAGCUACUGUAGGACACACAUGGUGUCAGAUUGAAUCUUGAUAGGAGACUACUGAAAAGCAAAGUGCUUCCUCAGGAGGACUCCUGGUUCUCUGAGUCAUGGAGACAAAACAAGUAACAGAGAUGCUAAAAUAGCCCAAAGUUUGGGGGGCUAAGUGUCUCCUCCAACAUCUUGGGGAGUGAUUGGUAAUGUCUUCCAUUAUUGUUGCUUCCUCUUGGAGAGGCCAAUUUCCCCAUCUUUUCCAAUAUAUUGUCUCCAGCACUGACCUUAAAAAGUCCUUAAACAGGACAAGUGUUGACAACAACUUUUCUGGAUCACCCUGAAUGUUUUCUAAGAUAGAUGCAUUGUUUCCUUCACAGAGGCACCACAUUUCGGUUGGGGGCCAUUGUGGAAGUUAAGCAGAGCUUGAAAAGUUAGCUAUUUGGGCUACAAUUUCCAUAAGCCCCUAGCUAUCAUGACUACUGGCUGGGAGCUCUAAUUUGAAUAAGUAAAGUUUUCAUGUUCUGAUGUUAAGAUAGUGCAGGGAGAGAGUGUCCCUUUUUUUGCCCCUGCCACCUGCAGCCUCAGGCCCAACAAUACAUGUCUUUUCCCACCAAUGCCAGCCUAUUGCUCCCAGAGCAGCAGUCCCCCAGCUUUGUUCCUUGGCUCUUUCUGUGCCCUUCUGCUCUGUAUGAAGCUGUUCAUUGCUACUGGUUUGGUUUUGAAAGCAAAAAGAACUCAUAACCCUGCAGCCGAAUUAAGGGAAGUGCCUUAAACUGAUGCCUUUGCUGCCACCAGCAAACAAACUGAGACAGGAAGAGAAAUCGAUCAAACUGUAUGCAUCCAGCUUCAGAAAUGUGAACAAAAGAUGUUUACAGAGAUUGCAAUCAAACCGCCUCUAGGUGGGGCUCGUGGGAGCCCUGCCCACCAUUGCUAACUUUCCCCAUCUCUUCUUUCUGCCCCCUUUCAUUGCCGCUUACAGUUUCACACACAGUAGGGUAGCUGAUGUUUACAAAGCCACCUCCCUCUGAUAACCAGCCUUCAUUUCGUAUUGCUUGUUUCUGUCUUCCCUGUUUGCUAUCCCCUUUCCCCAAAGAACAGAACCAGCUGCUGUGAUGUGAUGGGCCAGCUCCUCCAGCCCCCUUUCCCCUGUCCCAGUCAGCCCUCGGCACUACCCCUCCCUCCCCAAGUGCCACUCUCCGAGCGGGGUGUAAUACGCAUGUGUUAAUUACAAUUUUUUUCCAUAAUAAAAGUUUAUAGAUGCAGCACCUUCUUUAACUGAUUGAAUUAAAGAAUGUUAUUGACUGUAA